CCUUCGUCGAGCGGAGUACGUUGCUUUGAAAAUCGCCGAAGCGGAAUGCCUAAGAAUCGACGUGACCAGCGCUAGCCAAUAAUCGCUUCCCGAUUGAGGUUCCGGAGCCUAUCGCGGGUCUCCCCUUCCGUAAAUCGCGAUCGAUUCGUGCGUCAUCGACGCGCCGGGACGCGCGCGCCGACGACUCGUCCGCUGUCAUUCGCGGCCGCGCCGUCGUGUGAUCGCGCUCGAUAACCGGCCCGCAUCGAGGAAUCGCUCUCCUCGUCCUCGGACAACCAGCGAGUCUUGUCGCCCGCGACGACGCGGGAUCUCGACGACGUCGACGACACCCGGACGCGCGUCCACGUGCAUUGUCUACCGAUAUGGAAGGACGCGGCGGUGGCGCCGGCGGCGGGGCGUAUCUCGCGGUCGCCGCUGGAAUUUUUGCGACCGCCGGCAGUCUUCUGGGCAAGCUCGCCGGUGGCGCUGACGCGUCGUCGUUGCCGUCGUUGCUGCUAAAAGGAACGCUUCUCGUCUUUAUGAUCGUGUGCAACACCGUGGGAUGCACGUUUUUUGUCAAAGCGCUCCGUGCCAGCGGCUCUUCUUUGCCGAUAACGGUCGCCAGUGCAGCAACGAACUAUGUUUGUUCGGCUUUCGUAGGCUUCAUCGUGUUCGACGAAUCCAUUUCAUUGACCUGGUGGUGCGGAACUUCCCUGGUACUCCUCGGCUUGAUGUUGAUCUGCAAUGUUCCCGCUGAAAAGAAGGCUUCCGCCGUCGAGGAAAAAUUGAAACAUCAAUAGCUGACGACGGGCGCUUUUAUAUUGCGAGCACGAGCGAUUAUGGCGAUGUUACAGCAGCGCGAUUACUUCCAUUUUUGUAUUGACAUCGACAGAUAUGUGUAUCCGCGUGUCGGAACUGCAUUGUGCUAUUUGUAACAGAUAACACGAACGCAUUUCGAUGUGUACAAAGUAUUAAUUGAGUAGAAAUAGUACGGACUUAAGUGUUAUAAUUACGUACGAGCCAUAAUUAUAUUCCAUAUUUCUAUUUUUGUUAUAACGAUUUUCUACGUAAAUGAUGGAUAUAAUUUCGUAGCGCGUCGACGUAAUUGCUCGGACACGAGAUGACGUAUAAAAUGCGCGUAUACACGAUAUCAUAUUAUUAGAUUGAUUACUGAACGCAGCAGUGCGAAAUUUACUUAAUAUAGAGGGAUAAAAAUAAUCCGUCGGGUUUACAGAGAAA